GUUAAAAAUAAGAUAAUGUGUAUGAUGGAAACACAUGAGGACGAGGCAGUUGGACGGGGGUUGGCAGGCCUGCACACUACCCACCACCACAACAAGGCGUCGCAGCUGUAGCGGCCCGCGCUUUCAUAGUACCGCCGCUCUUCAGCUUGUCCUUCAUCACCCACGUCAGCCUCACACACCAUGACUGGGACAAGUGAAGGCGAGAACUCCUCCUGCUCUAAGGAUGAGGCAGAGGAGGAGAUGGGCAGUGGCAAGGAGGAGGAGGAGGAAGAAGAGGAGGAGGAGGAGGAGGAGGAGGAGGUGGUGGCUAAGGAUGAGAAAUCCAAGCCUGUCAAGAGAUCCCGGGGUCGUCCGAGGAAGUGUGAUGCCAAGCCAAGGGAUGACACAGUUCUGGUGACAACAGCCAAAAGAAAAAGGAAGAAGAAUUCGCGUUACGAGGAUUUCAAGAGUGAUGAUGAAGAGAACUUUGAGGGAGGGCGCAAGAAGCCUGGAAGGAAGAAGGGACAGUCACUGGAAAGUGGAGCAUGGGUGGCCCGCAAGCCUUUGGGGCGGCCAAGGGCAGGAGGCAUGCGGCGAGUCCAGAAGAGCACACCAGAGUUGAUUUGUGAACUGGGUCAAGUGUUCUACACCUUGGGGUGGGUCAGCGGCACUGGGGGUGGCAUUAGCAUCAGAGACGGAGAGAGUAUAUAUGUGGCCCCUUCAGGUGUCCAAAAGGAACGCCUGCAACCUGAGGACAUGUUUGUCAUUGACCUGGAAGGGGAUGAGCUGUCAGUGCCCCUGAGUGACCCAACGCUUUCCAAGUCUCAGUGCACUCCUCUCUUCCUCCUGGCUUACAAGAUCCGUGGUGCUGGCGCUGUCAUACAUACACAUUCCAAGAAUGCAGUGAUGGCAACACUGGCAUUCCCAGGCACAGAGUUCAGGGUCACCCAUCUGGAGAUGAUCAAGGGCAUUAGAUUGGCCUCGGAGAACCGGCAGAUGCGGUAUGACGAAGAGCUGGUGGUGCCCAUCAUUGAGAACACACCCUUUGAACAUGACCUCAGUGACAGCAUGGCACAGGCCAUAGAGCUGUACCCAGACACCAAUGCUGUGCUGGUGAGGAGACAUGGACUUUAUGUUUGGGGUGACACCUGGGAGCGCGCCAAGACGAUGACUGAAUGUUACGACUACCUGUUUGAUAUUGCCGUCCAGAUGGUUAAGCUGAACCUUGACCCCACAAAGGGUCCCCCUAAGACUGAGGAACAGCUGAAUGGCAAGUAAGGGGUGGCUGGCAGAUGUUCUCACCCACACCAGCACUGCACCUUUGCUCCGCCACUGACUGACUUCCUCAGCUGGGCAGUUCCUUAGUGGUGGAUAGAUAAGUACAACAAUUCUUUAUUUUUACAAGUGCUUUUUGAUUUCCACAAUUGAGGUUUGGUACACUAAGUGUUGAUGAUACAGCAUUGCUUUCUUCUAAUGAAUUGAGAAUGAAAGAAUGUUCCAUGAAUACCUUUAAUUUCUUUAAAGGUAUGUUAAUCUUGCCUAAAAAAAAAGGUUUUUACUUUUAUUUGAUUUUUUUAUGUAUUACAAAAUUUGACUUUUUGUCAGACAAUUUAUAGAAUUAAUGAACUUUUUUAUUAUCAUUGUUUGAUAAAAAGGGAUACUCGAUAAUUCCUUCUUGUACAGUUAAUUUAACUUUGCUUUCUUGUUUGUUUGCUAGUGAACAACAAGGCAAGAUUUUGUUAAUGAGAUGCACACAACCUAUGGAGAUGGGACCACAUGGUAAAGAUGUGGUGCAGCAUGUUAGUGUCACACUCUGAGAGAAGCAUAGGAGUCUGACCUCAUAAUGUCUCAAGUAAUCUUCUCUUUAGUUUGAAUUGUUUUACAUUAAUAAUAACUGAAAAGUUGUUUUAGUCAAUGAAUUGUACAUUGUUGUUGCAUUUGUUCAUGUGUAGAAAAUGUGGCAGAGAGAGAGAGAGAGAGAGAGAGAGAGAGAGAGAGAGAGAGAGAGAGAGAGAGAGAGAGAGAGAGAGAGAGAGAGAAACACAUUGAAGACCUUUGUGACUAAACCUACUUACAGUGGGCAUUUUUCCUUUGACAAUCUAAGAAUAGAAUUUGCUUGACUGUGUUGUGGAUGGGAUCCUUGACCAGCCAUGUGUGUGACUGCUCCAGAACCUGAAUUUUGGCUUGAAAUAUUCUGAGAAUCUUCAUUCACAAUACCACAAGGAAGUAGAAACACAUUCAAGACUCUUGGUUAUAUUUAGGCACUAUGAUUUGUCAUCAUUAAAAUGCUUUGUUUUGUUACUCCCAUCUGUAGCUUCACCUAGUCAUGUUUGUCUGAUCCAACAAUGGAAAUUCUCAGUAAUGUUUCAGUAUGUUGUUAGUGUGUGCUGACAUACAUCACUACUACAGGACUCCUUUCCUUCCUUACUUUGUGUAGUGUGGAUUAUAGAUGGCUAAGUUUGUUGAUGACUUGUGUAUAUGUUGAUCUUAGGACUGACCAUAUGAUUAUUACCUUACAUGUACUACCCACAAGGCAUUUGUGUGUGUGUGUGUGUGUGUGUGUGUGUGUGUUGCUCAUUAUGCAGCUGAGGUGUUUUGUGUUUGAGCAGUUCUGUAUCUUCCAAUUGCUGCUGGAUUAAGUUAUUGUUUGUUUGAGUUGUCUUACAGGAUUCCUUCUCUAGAAUGUCAUUUUACCAUUUUAUGACUAGUGGACCAUUUGGUAAAAUAUAUAAAAAUCUUCAAAGAAAAUAGAAUUUCUAAUUGGCUUUUACCUCUUGAACAAACAGCAGUAGUUCAACAUCUAGAUAUUAAAUGAAAAAUGAAAAAGUAUGUAAGUAAUUUGUAGGGUCUCCAGGUGCAAGGAAACCUGUGUUGUGCUGGCCUUUACUGAGUGCCACAGAGAAGCAAUAACUGAAGGAGCAGCAGUGUUAAGUGUGCAUGAAAUACGGUCAGGCCAGACACUUGUUUCCUUAUCCUCAAAACGGUUCACAACUUUUUAAUAAAUGGGUGCAAAGU